GGACGCGGGCACUCGCGUUACCAGGGAAGGGGUUACGCUUGGGCCUGCUCUAUAACCUGCCUCAUCUCCUGCUCCUUUUCCAGUUACUCCAGACUAAGUGUGUCCGAAUACAGUUUUCGUAGCGUGACAUAAUUCGUCCAAAUUGCGCUUGUCGACCAUUGGCGAGGUACAAGGCCGCCUUGCAGAGAGGCAAGAGCGAAUUAGCUACUGGAUGCGGAAGCAGGAGUGACGAAGAUAUCGGGGACCGGCAGUCCUGUCGCCGGCUGUGUCGAACCCGUUGAUCUUCAGCGCUUCAAAUCCUAGUGCACACUUCCAGCAAACGCUGCCAACCAUGCCACUGUUACCAAGUUCACAGCGUACGGACGAAGAAGAGAUGAUGGUUGUGCCAGAUUCACAACCUCGAUCGGAAGAGGACGAGCGACGCGGUGGGAAGGGGAGAGGUAUACCGCGCGUACCAUCGUCGAACGAUACCGAGAGCGGUUCGUUCGGCGCAUGGAGGUCAAGCCCUCCCAACCAAGAGGAUGACAAUGACAAUGAUGACACUGUCAUUGCACCGAAGCUGUUAGUUCCUGGACUGCGGUCUCCCGACGCUUCGCCUACACGUCCGGUCACGGAGGCACAGCGAAAGUUUAACGCGGAUGGAGCACUGCAGAUACUCCUGAAUGGGAUGCGAGCCAGCGACCUGCAGGACUUUCCGAGGAGUCUAGACGGGCUGCGCGCUCGCGUGAACGAGCUCGAGACAGUCCAGCGCGACCUUUCGGCUGUCGAUGCAGCUCAGGCAGAAGCAGAAGCGAAGAUCGAGAAGAUCAAUGCGACAAUUGGAAGUCACAACGAUCUCCGCGAUCUAAAAGGCAUGUAUGAUGCAUGCCAGCGUAUGUUGGCGUCAGGCAGGCUGCUGCAAGGCAAGCUCACCCACGCGAACGCUGAACGACUUCGCUUGACCAAUUUGUGCUGGGAGCACGGCAUAGACCCUAGAACAGGACGCCCGUGAACGCGCACAGUAUGGUCGAGUAAGGUCAG